AUGGCGAAGAGGUGGCUGCCAAUCGAAAGCAACCCCAAUGUGAUGAAUGCGUAUUUGAAAGCACUCGGUGUAACAAACCCCAAGGUGGAGUUUUGCGACGUAUACGGCCUAGAGCCCGAUCUGCUUGGAUUUGUACCACGACCCGUUUUUGCCAUGCUACUUUUGUACCCUAUUUCGCCUGAAAUGGAUGCGGGGGAUGCUAAGGCUAUGGAAAUGUGUGCUGCCGAAGCAAAUGAGUUCGUGGCUAAAAACGACAUAUUUUUUUCCAGACAAACCGUUGAGAACGCCUGUGGUACCAUGGCUAUUCUGCAUGCUGUGAUGAAUAACUUGGAUUGCGUGGGUGACUUGCGAAAAGAUAGUCCGCUUGACUAUCUGCUUACGGUGGGGCUUAAUAAGAUGCCAGAGGGACGCGCUUCCCUCAUUGAGUCGUCUUCCGAACUUGAUGCGGCGCAUAUGGAGGCAUCGGUGGGAGGGGUCACACCGAAUCAGGCCAUCGAUGCAAGCAUUGACCUUCAUUUUACGUGUUUUGUGCACGCAAAGGGUCAAUGUGUGGAGUUGGACGGGCGAAAGCCACAUCCAUUGCUUCACGGUGCUUGCGCGGGUAAUGAAGAGUUUGUGAAGGUUGCUGCAGAGGCGAUUCAAGCCAAGAUGUCCCGGGAUGCUGGGUCUCUCCGUUUUAACAUUAUUGCUCUUGUUCACAAGUCUGACUGA